AUGGGCCUCCCAAACGCACAUACGCAAUGGGCCCUGUCGCUGGGAAUCAACUUUAUGACUCUGAGUCUGUGCCUCACUGCGGCCUCCAAGCUUGUGGCAUUCAGGCUGCACAAUCGCUUAAUCUUCCGAAUCGUGUGGCUCGAUAUUUGCGUGCUACUCGCGGUGAACAUCCAAGUGAUCAUGACCAUAGCGGGCCUCUUGAAUGAAAACGAUGUGCAGCAAUACGAGUACAUGAUUGCUGCCUACAUCAGCAUGGAAAGUCUUUCGCUCUUCCUCGGGAUUAUUGAAUCAACGGAUCGAUUCUGUGCCCUCAUACUCAAAAGCAAAAACCGCAAGAUUAUCAAGGCCUCCGUGUGGACGUUCUUUGGAACGUGCUUCCUGUUCAUCCUCCUCUCAGAGUUCAUUGGCAUCUGGGUCAUCUAUCACGGAUUCUUCAACUAUGCAUCUACGCCCUACUAUGUCAACAUCCUCAAUCCAUUCCUCUCGUUCUACUACAACGCCUAUAUCCUCACUGCCUCGUUCAUGGAUCUGCACUUUCUCACAAAGCUCGUUCAGGGCAUCGGCAUUCGGUUGGAUACUCUGCCGGAGGGCAAGGAGAAGUUCAUUGUCCAUAACCACGUCAUCUGGAUCAUUUUUUGUCUCGUCACCAGCGCCAUCGCCUUUUGCAUCAACAUUGCCGCCGCCGUCACAGGCAGCUUCACCUUCAGCGACCAUUUGAAUGGCCUGACGCAUGCAUAUCGCCUGAACGUCUUUAUCGACUUUGGCGUUCACAUCCGCGACCUGCUCUCAAGCGAUUACAUCCGGGGCGCCAGCAACACCGACAGGCGCAAGGCAGGGUCGCAGAAGAGUAACGAGUCCGAAGUAAUAGCUGCCCCACCCGGAAAAAGUCUCGAUGCCCUCGUGGUUAUCUGA